AUGUCUCUCUCUAACAAGCUUCCCGUCACUGACGUUGACCUCAAGGGCAAGCGUGUCUUGAUCCGGGUUGACUUCAAUGUCCCUCUCGACGAGAACAAGAAUGUUACCAACCCCCAGCGUAUUGUUGGUGCCCUGCCUACCAUCAAGUAUGCCAUUGAGAACGGUGCCAAGGCCGUCGUGCUUAUGUCGCACCUGGGCCGCCCCGAUGGCAAGGUCAACCCCAAGUACAGCCUGAAGCCUGUUGUGCCUGUACUUGAAGAGCUUCUCGGAAAGAGUGUCAUCUUCACCGAGGACUGCGUUGGACCUCGGACUGAGGAGACUGUGAACAAGGCUUCCGAUGGCCAGGUCAUUCUGCUUGAGAACCUGCGUUUCCACGCUGAGGAGGAAGGCAGCUCUAAGGAUGCCGAGGGCAAGAAGGUCAAGGCUGACAAGGCCCAGGUUGAUGCAUUCCGCAAGGGCUUGACUGCUCUGGGUGACGUUUACGUCAAUGAUGCUUUCGGUACCGCCCACCGUGCCCACAGCUCCAUGGUCGGUGUGGACCUCCCUCAGAAGGCCGCCGGUUUCCUUGUGAAGAAGGAGCUGGAGUACUUCGCCAAGGCUCUCGAGAACCCCGCACGCCCCUUCCUUGCCAUCCUCGGUGGCGCCAAGGUGUCCGACAAGAUCCAGCUGAUUGAUAAUCUCCUGCCCAAGGUCAACAGCCUCAUCAUUACUGGUGGUAUGGCUUUCACCUUCAAGAAGACCCUUGAGAACGUCAAGAUUGGCAACAGUCUCUUCGACGAGGCCGGCAGCAAGAUUGUUGGCGAGAUCGUCGAGAAGGCCAAGAAAUACAAUGUCGAGAUCGUCCUUCCCGUUGAUUACGUCACUGCUGACAAGUUCUCCGCCGAUGCCACCGUUGGCGCAGCCACCGAUGCCUCGGGUAUCCCCGACGGGUUCAUGGGUCUGGAUGUUGGCCCUGAGAGUCUCAAGCCCUUCGCCAAGGCCACCGAGGAUACCCUUGAUGCCGCUGUCAAGGCUGCUCAGUCCGGCUCCAUUGUGAUUAUCGGCGGUGGUGAUACCGCUACCGUGGCCGCCAAGUACAAGGUUGAGGACAAGAUCUCCCACGUUUCGACUGGUGGCGGUGCCUCGCUCGAGCUCCUUGAAGGCAAGGAGCUGCCCGGUGUUGCUGCUUUGUCCAGUAAGUAA